CUUAGACUUGAUGUUCACAAUAUUCAUACUGGCUCAUGUUAAGGUGUUAAGCUAGCCAAUGUCUCACAUCGUUACACUUCAUUCCCUUACCACUCAAGUAGAUGAGAACACAGGUUGCAAACAAAAGUACUUCGGCUGCUAAACAGCUCCAAGGGUUCGUUGAUGCGGGACAUGGCAGCCCUGUAAGUGGAGCCGAGCUGUCUUGGCUUUAGGGAGCCACGUUUAACCCAGACGCGCCAAUCUAACCACCAUCGACCUCCAUCCACUAUCAUUGCCGAGUUCGGGGUCCUAGCAUCAAGCUCCCGAGGCACCAAGUCAACCAGACUGGCGACUAAUAUUGAUUGAAUGAGAUGCGGUUCCGCGCACACCAGCCAAUCUCUCAUCGUCUGAGACACUGAGCUAUUACUUUAUAUCGUGGUUGAUGAAUGGGAAUGCACUCAGCUGGCAUCAGUCGAUGAGUGCAAGAUGGGACUUUUCACCAACAACGACGACGCAAUGGUUAAGAAGGACGAUGAUCUCAGGCGGGGGAAGACGCUUCCCACUCGCGCACCAUGGGUACCAGCUUCAGCACCCAGAACGCCCCCGCGCAAAACGAUCAAGCGGCUCGUGGUUGCUUUGGCUGUGGGAUUCUUCGUCUAUUUGUUCAUCAAGAAUCUACCGCCAAUGGAUGAUCAAGUACGCAGAGACUACAGGCAUCCGAGAUAUUCAGAUCGCAAGCCGGGAAAACAGCCAGGCCCGAUGCCAAAGAUGAAGCCCCCACCACCUGAGCGCAUACCGGAGAAGCCCGUGGUGAAGGACAUCCCGAGUGAACAGCCUGCUGCUGUUAUGGUAACCCCUGUCGUAACUGACACUACUACCAACGCCAGAACAUAUGAUGGCCCUAUUUACUUCAGGAAGCUGGCUGCGACAUUACAAGCCAUUGAGAGCAGUACGAGCGGCUACAGCGCGGUGAAUAAGAAUGUGCUGUUUGCCGCUGCUAGCUUGAAGAGCGCCUCAGUCUUGCUCCCAAUGGCAUGCAAGAUGGGGACUGAGCUUCGAAGCUAUGUGCACUUUGCGUUGAUGGGUGGUAGUGAGAUUGAUUUGGAUGAACUUCAAGCUGUUAACGGCAUCGACGAGUCCUGCCAGAUCAUCUUUCACGAUGCGAGGCCUGAUUAUGCCUCAACCUCGACAUUGAGCCGCCUCGAAACAUGUGCUACACGUGGAUUAUACCACAUUUACAAGUAUAUGCAUCCUCAAGUUCUGUUUCUUGAUGCUUCUGGUGUGGAAGAGCACUAUUUUCUCGAUGGCAUCCGCAAACAAGCAGACGUCUCUGGAGUGCCCAUUAUUGAGCUGCCCAAGAAUGCUCACUCACGGUUAUCUUGGAUGACGAAACUCGAUAGCUCGUCGUUGGCGGCUUGGAAUAGGAUCAGCGUCGAUAUACUGAUCCAUGCGCCACCUGUAGGCUCUGGUAGCCUGAUUCGAUUGCUUCAAUCAUUAUCAGCAGCUGAUUUCUCAGCGGGCCCAACGCCUCACCUCACCAUCGAACUUCCUCAUGACAUUGAUCGGGCUACGACAGAAUUCUUGAGGGACUUUAGUUGGCCACCAAGCCGCACACACAGCCUUUCCAAUGUGCGGCAACUUACACUCAGACAUCGCAUACCUCGGGCUAGAUUGACCGAAGAAGAAAGUUCGGUCCGUCUUCUCGAGUCCUUCUGGCCGGUCAGUCCGCGAUACUCUCACGUGCUGGUACUAUCACCCCAAGUCCAGCUAUCGCCUGGAUUCUUUCACUACCUGAAAUUCACUCUGUUGGAAUAUCUCUACUCAUCCAAUUCCCUCCUCCAAAGCUGGGAUUCCCGCCUGCUCGGUAUCAGCCUCGACCUGCCCCCCACAACGCUAGCAGACACCUCAAAGUCAUUCAGCCCACCUGCUCCCAAACCCAUGAAACAGGCCAAAGACUCCAAAAAGCCAUCACUAUCCUCUCAAACGUCUAGCUCAGCUCCUUUCCUGUGGCAGUCCCCCAACAGCAACGCCAUGCUCUACUUCGGCACUAAGUGGACAGAACUCCACUCUCUUGUAUCGAACACUAUCGAACAUCAACACUCUACCUCGUCCCUCUCAAAAUUUUUCACCACCAAGACCGUUAGCAAGAGGUAUCCCUCCUGGAUGGAACACGCCCUCAGGCUUUCAAGAGCAAAGGGGUAUUUCGCGCUGUAUCCUAGUGAGGCUACUGCUAAAUACUUGGCUACGACGCAUAAUGAGUUGUUUAAGGGGCCGGAGGAGUACGAGAAGGAGCUGGAGGUAGAUGAUGGGAGAGGAGAUGAGGUCAGGCUCACGUCUGGGCCGCUGUUGGAGACGGUGCGGUUGUUGGGGUUUGAUGAGAUGCCAAUUGUGAGUUGGGAGGGCAAGGAAACGGGUUUGGAGGGGUUGGAUGAGGGGGCGGAGGAGUAUGUUGGGGAGUUUAGGAAGGCGGUUGGGGGGAGGUGUGAGGGGUGGGAGGGGGCGGAGGUGGGGCAGAGGUUGGGGGUGGGGGGUUUGUUUUGUUUGAGUGGGGAGUGA